AUGAUGGGUAAUCGAUUUGCUCCGUAUGGAAUUAAGGAGCCUCAAAAAGAAGUUCCUGUAGUUAAGAUAGAGAAGACUGGCAAGAAAGAAGUGAGUCUGAAGCAUUUUAUAACAGGAGCAAUUGCUGGGGCAGUUUCCAGAACUACAACAUGCCCUUUGGAGAGGUUGAAAAUACUGCGUCAAACUUCAGUUAAAAGCUAUUCUAAGCUUUCUCUGGAUCAGGCAAUGAUGAAAAUAUACAGAAAUGAAGGAAUUAUAGGGUUUUAUAAAGGAAAUGGAGUAAAUAUUUUCCGUGCUUCCCCAUGAGCUGCCCUCGAAUUCCUUUUCUACGAAAUUUAUAAAAGUCUUCUGAUUAAGCCGGAAGAUGUUGGUACUUUCCAAUCUAAGCUAGUUUGUGGAGCACUUACUGGAGUCACUGCGAACACCAUCACAUACCCAUUGGAUUUGGUGAAGACUAUUCUCUCAGUACAGUUAAAUCCGAGGCAUUACAAGAAAGGAAUCAUCGGCCAUCUUAAAAUUAUCUAUAGGAAAGAAGGAAUUUUAGGAUUUUAUAAAGGAUGGGUGACUACCAUGAUAGGAAUAGCACCAUACAUUGCGAUAAAAAUGGCUACUUUUGAUGUCCUUAAGACACGCUUCUGCCCAGACAAGAAUACUCCACAUUUUGAUAUUAUUAAUUUAGCUUGCGGCGCUGCUGCAGGAAUGAUUUCAAUGAGUGUAACCUAUCCUCUUGAUCUAGUUAAAAGAAGAAUUCAAUUAGCAGGAAUUAACAAACAUGCUAGAUCUUAUGAUGGCCUUUUUCACUGCCUAGUCUCUAUGUUGAUGUACGAAGGUCCAAGAAGCUUUUGGAAAGGUCUGAAUCCCUGCAUCUUAAAAAUGAUUCCAGCAACAGCCAUUUUAUUUGCUACUAACGAAAGACUUAAAAAGUGGCUUAAUGUUGAAUAA